CGGGCGGCGGCGGCGGCGGCAGAGACGGAGCGGGGUCCGCGGGCGGACGGAGCAGCCGGGGCGGCAUCGGGCCCUUCCUUCCUCGCUCCCCUUGGAUGUCGAACCGGGAGGAGGAUCGCCGCUACCGCAUCCAGGCCCAGCAGGGGUGAGCAAUGAACAAACUGCGGCAGAGUCUCCGGCGCAAGAAACCCUCCUACGUACCCGAGGCCAGCCGCCCCCACCAGUGGCAAGCCGAUGAAGAGGCGGUGCGCAAGGGCCGCUGCAGCUUCCCGGUGCGGUACCUGGGCUACGUGGAAGUGGAGGAGUCCCGGGGGAUGCAGGUGUGCGAAGAGGCGGUGAAGAAGCUGAAAGCGAGUGGCCGCAAAUCUGUGAAGUCCGUGCUGUGGGUUUCAGCCGAUGGGCUGCGCGUGGUGGACGACAAGACCAAGGACCUGAUCGUGGACCAGACCAUUGAGAAGGUUUCCUUCUGUGCUCCGGAUCGCAAUUUCGACAAGGCCUUUUCCUACAUUUGCCGGGAUGGCACUACCCGGCGCUGGAUCUGCCACGGCUUCCUGGCCCUGAAGGACUCGGGGGAGCGCCUGAGCCACGCCGUGGGCUGCGCCUUUGCCGCCUGCCUGGAGCGCAAGCAGAAGCGGGAGAAGGAAUGUGGGGUGACGGCCUCCUUCGAUGCCAGCCGCACCAGCUUUGCCCGGGAGGGCUCCUUCCGACUGCCCGGGCCCCCGGCCCCCACCUCCCGCCCCUCUGGAGCAUGGUCCCCCCAGGAUAAGAAGAAAGCGGAAGCAGCUGCGGCCCCUUCGGCCCCCAUCGCAGCCCCUGCCCAACCCGGCAGCGCCUCUCCUCCCCAGGGGGCCACUUCCCCAGAGGAGAAGGUGGAGGCCGGGGGGGCUCAUGCCAUCCCGCGCCGCCAUGCCCCCCUGGAGCAGCUGGUGCGGCAAGGCUCCUUCCGAGGGUUCCCCACGCUGAGCCAGAACUCCCCCUUCAAGAGGCAGCUCUCCCUGCGCCUGAACGAGCUGCCCUCCACUCUGCAGCGCAAGGGCCACGCCGAGAGCAGCACAGUUUCAGAGGGAGAGGCAGGCGCCAGCAGGGACUCGGACAGUAUCUCAGCUCUCUGCACUCAGAUUGACACUUCGCUCGCCCAGCCAGCUGGAGAGCCCCCCGCAGCCCUCGUGCCCGCAGAAGGGGGUAGCACAGGACCCGCUUGCUCAUGGGACGACCCCCAGGCCAGCCCCCUGUUCCAGCCAGGGCACAAGAGGACCCCCUCGGAGGCAGAGCGCUGGCUGGAAGAGGUUGCCAAGGCUGCCAAGGCUCAGCAGCACCAGCAGGUUCCCCAGGCCGCCCCCCCACCUCUGCCCGCCUUUCCUCUGAGCUAUGAGGCAGCCCCCCUCCCCACAGGCAUCUUUGCAUCUCCCCACAUGCCCCCCACCUUUGUGCCUGUGGGCACUGCCUACGUGCCUGCACUGCCCUUCCCUGCCCUCCCCAGCGUGCCUGUGGUGGGCAUCACACCCUCCCAAAUGGUGACCAAUGCCUUCUGCUCCGCCACACAGGCUCCCCUUACAAAUUUGGGGGUCAAGGCCAGCCCCUUCCCGCAGGCCCUCCUGGACCCCCCUCGGCUCAGAGCCAACGGGACUGUCUGGCCCUCUGAGCAAAGCCCCCCAGGCAUUUCUGCCCCCCACCUCGAGCCCCCAGACCCCUUUGAAGCCCAGUGGGCUGCCCUCGAAUCCAAGGCCUCCACUGCUGCCUCCAACCCCUUUUCUGGUGACCGGCAGAAAACCUUUGAAAUAGAAUUGUGAUCCCAAUUGUUAAGGUUCCCCUUUAGCACCCCAUCUUGCGAGGCCGGCUUCUCUAAAUCCCUGGAUGGGGAGCGGCACUUCGGAAAGCGGCCAGUGGGACCAGGAAAGCUGCCCCCAAGAGACGCAGGGAGCCAGUUCCUCUCCCGUCCAGGCCGAGGACGGGCGGCCAGUAGGAAACCAGGGUAAGCAAGAGGCCCCCCCAGGCCUGCCACAGCCUCCGGAGAGCAGAGGGCGGAUGGGAGGGGGUCUCUGCUCUCCCCCCACCCCCGUUGUGCAGCAGCAGCAGCAGCACCAGAGCAUCAGUAACAGCUUCCAUCUCCCUUUGGGGUGCUCCACUCUGUGCCUGGCAGGCCCCCUCCUCCUCGGGCAGCUCUGCCCUCCUCUUCCCAAAACCUUUGUAGAGCUGCUGGGGAGGCUCUGGGUGCCUCCACUCCCCCCCCCCCUCCAAGGCUGCCUGUGGUUGGGCCUGAAGCUGCGAAGGCGGCUCCUUUCUCUCCAGAGGCCGAGGGACCCUUCCUCAGGCUGCACAUGGGGGACCUCAAACAGGGUUAGGGUACUACAUCCCCCCACCCACCCACCCAAGAGCAAAAGAUUGGAUUGAUGGGAGAUCCAUGAUCCCUUUUUGUCGGGGGUGGGGGGGGAGGGGAGGAACUGGCUUUCCUUUCCAAAACUUAAUAGUGGGGGGUGAGCUUGUUGGCAUGGUUAUUGCAAAAGAGGUGCCCCCUCCUCUCAGUUUUGGCUGGGUUGGAGAAAAAUUCUUCAGGUUAAUCUUGUUACAUAUUCCCAAUUUUGGGUCUGGCAGGGUACUAGUCCUCAAAUCACGGGGGGGAGGGGGGACACAGACACACUCCCAUACAUUUCAGGAUGCCUGGCCUUGUGAGGCUCCUCUCCUUCACCUCAGUCAUCCAAGCAUGGGGAGUGGGAGGUGGGGAAGAAUCCCUCCCAGAUGCAAAGGCUUAGGAAGACUUUCUCCCUGGGGGGACCUCAGGCUCUCAGGAACAAUAAGGCUGAGCGGGGUCAUCUGGAAGGGGCAGCCAAGGGAGGACUAGGGUGGGUGGGGGUGUUCCUUCUCCAGUGGGACAGCCAGCUUCAGGCAGGCUCUUGAAAGCAGCUGCCUCCCCCCGCUGCAGCUGCCUCCCACAUGGCUCCUUGACCUCCUCAGUGUCCCCCCCCUCCUCCAAAAGCAGAACUGCCCUUGCUUCCCCCCUCCCCCCUCACCUUGGGCGAGCAGAGAAGAUGGAAGCCGAGGAUUGCCUCUCCUGACCAGACUGCCCGGAGGUUUCCAAAAAUGGCAGAGGGUAUUAUUUUUUAUCUUAUUUUGAAACUUUUUGUAUUAAA